AUGGAUAAGUUAUGUUGCCCAAGCCUUUGUUCCUGGGGUGUCACGGCCCCCGAAGUUUGUGGAGCGUCAAAAGAAUCCUGUGUCUUCAUCCCGUGCACUCACUACCCCAGCGAGUCCGCUGUCCCAGACGGCAUCACGGCCAUUUGGUACAAAGAUUACACGGGGCAGAAGGCUGUGGUCUACCACUCAGCAACUCCCGGCAGCAUUGAGGGUCAGUUUCAAGGACGCACAGGGCUGCUGGGAGACCCCCUCCAGCGCAACUGCACCUUGCUUCUGAGGGGCGUGACAGCUGCGGAUGCUGGCAAGUACACCUUCCGGUUCGAAAUCAGCGAGGGCAACCGCUGGUCCGAUCCAAAGGGGGUUGAGCUGACCGUCACCGACUCGGUCAACAUCCCCACCAUUGCCUCCCAGGACGACCUACACGAAGGGAUGGAGGUGUCCUUCAGCUGCUCCAGCCCUUACACAUGUCCCUAUGACAACAUCUCCAUGAGAUGGCUUGGCUACGACACGGCGACCUCGCUUGUGUCCGGGACGCUGCAGCUGGACACGGCGGCAUCACUCAGGAAGCAAACCCUGACCACUUCCUUGUCCUGGAAGGACCACAACCGGGAACUGAGCUGCGAGGUAUCUGUUGGGAAGCAGGUGGCCACGGGAAGAAUCACACUCAACGUGAAACAUCCCCCCAAAGGCGUGAAAGUGUCCCUCAACCCAUCCUCCAAGAACAUCCGAGUGGGCGACCAGGCAUCCCUGACAUGCACCGUGGACAGCAGUAACCCCGAAGUCACCGCCUACAGGUGGUUCAAAGACGGCGUCUCCUGCGGAAGUGAGCCACUUAAAACCAUCGGCAGCGCUGCCCGUGAGGAUUACGGCCUGUACCACUGUGAGGCAGAAAACUCUGCGGGCACCGGGGUGGCCGAAGGGGUAACCCUCUAUGUUUUCUCUGCUGUGCUGUCCAUCAGCCCUUCUUCCAGUGUGAGGGAAGGAGAAACAGUCACGCUGACCUGCGACGUCCCUGGAGAAGACAAGCAGGAGAUCCACUACAGCUGGUACAAGAAUAACAUCUGGAUCAAGGAAGGCAGCGCCCGGAUCCUGGUCUUCCAUGAGGUUUCGGUGGUAGACACUGGCUAUUACACCUGCAAGGUGCAGAAUGACAAAGGGAGUGAGAUGUCCCAAGCCAGCCUGAGCGUCUUCUACCCUCCGAGGGCCCCCUCCCUCUCCUUGCUCCAGGAGACCCAAGAAGGCAUGGCCAUCAUCUACUGCACCGUCGACAGCAACCCCCAGUCUGCCCUCAGCCUUUUCCGGGACAAGCGGCUGAUCGCGACCACCAGCUCGCACUCGGCUCCCAGCCAGCGGAUCAGCAUCAGCACCACACGCAACUCUUUGAAGCUGGAAAUCCAGAGGGUCGUUCCAGAAGACGAGGGCGAAUACCGGUGUGUGGCGUCCAACGCAUAUGGGAACGCCACCACUGCGAGAUUCUUCGGUGCUCAGACUGCUAGGGUGGUGGCCAGCCCUUCCCAAGAGUUACCCGAAGGCGAGCGAGUUACCCUGACCUGCAUGUCCGCCUUGGAGCCUGGAGAUGGGUCCACGUACGCGUGGUACAAGAAUGCCAAGUGGCUGCAGGAGGGGGUGGAGAGCUCCUUGGUCUUCCCAGCGUUGGCCAGCGGUGACGCAGGAACAUUCCACUGCGUUGCUCGGAACGAGAAAGGGAGCAGCACAUCGCCAGCCAUCACCCUGCGCGUCUUGUAUCCGCCCAAGCAGCCUGUGCUGAGGUCCUUCCUGGAAACACGAGGAGGAAACCUCGGCGUCAUCCAAUGCACAGUUGACAGCGAACCAGCCUCCGAGAUCGCUCUGCACAAGGGCGACACGCUCAUCGGGUCCACCAGCAUGGCCCACUCCUCCGCCGACCCAAGAGUGAGCGUGAUCCAGUCGCACAACACACUGAAGGUGACCAUCAAGGGCGUGAGGCUGGAAGAUGAAGGAGAGUACCUGUGUUCUGCCCAGAACCGCUAUGGGCAAUCCACGGCCUCCAUGGACUUCACGGCGGAAACUGCGAGAAUCACCAUCUCCCCGUUCUCAGCGGUGCGUGAAGGUGAGGCGGUCCAGCUGUCCUGCGAGGUGAACAGCGAUAACACCACCUCAAGCAACUACACCUGGUACAGGGAUGGUCUCCCUCUCCCCGAGGCCCGUGGGGAUUCCCUGGAGUUCCAGCAAGUGUCCAGAGGCGAUUCGGGGAUCUAUCGCUGCCAAGUGGAGAACGAAAAAGCCACCAAGAGCUCCACCACCGCCACCUUGUCUGUGCUGUACCCCCCAGGGAAGCCUCGGGCGACAGUCUUUGCGGAGACGGAAAGAGGGCGGGUCGCCAUCUUCCAUUGUUCAGUGGACAGCAACCCUCCAGCCCAACUGGUCCUGUAUAAAGGGGGUGAAGUCGUGGCUUCCAGCAGCUCAGCAAACAGCGCAGCCUCCCAGAGGGUCAGGAUCACGGCCGCUCCCAACACCAUGGGGGUGGAGAUGAGAGGCAUCGAGCCGCAGGACGAAGGCAGCUACAACGUCACAGCCACCAACGCCUAUGGCUCUUCGUCCACGCUGCUGUACCUCCGUGUGCAGACUGCCCGAGUUCUGGCUACGCCAUCCCCCGAGUUGCUGGAAGGAGAGGCGCUCACCCUGAGCUGUGACGUGAUGGGGUCUGCUCCCGAGGAGUUCACCUUCUCCUGGUACAGAAACAGCAAGCCCCUCCAAGAGUGCGAUGGCAGCACACUCAGCUUCAAGGCCAUCACCAGCAGCGACGCUGGGUCCUACCAUUGCAAAGCCCACACGCCAGAUGAGGCCACCACCAGCGUCUCUCCAGCCAUCAGCAUAACUGUCUUUUAUCCGCCUCGGAAACCUCAGGUGACCUCCUUCCUUCAGACACAGGGCAGGCAGGUGGCCGUCAUCCACUGCAGCACCCAGAGUGAGCCACAGUCCCAGCUGGCCAUCUACAAGGGCGGUGAGCUCCUGGCCUCCACCAUCAACUCUGCCAUGGGGGCACCCAAUCCACGGGUCGGCGUAUCAGCCUCAUACAACAGCUUGAGAGCGGAGAUCUCCCACGUGGUGAUGGAGGAUGAAGGAGAGUACUUCUGCUUUGCUGGCAAUGUGCACGGCAACGCCAGUUCCUCGGUGACAUUCAUCGCAGAGACUGCAAGAAUCUGGAUUUCUCCUCCGGAUGUUCUCGAAGGGAAUGCAGUGAACCUCACCUGUGCAGUUGACAGCAAUACAGCUGGCGAUCCGCACUACACCUGGUAUAAAAACAACAGGUGGUACGCCGAAGGCACAUCAAAUAUGCUGUCACUUCCCCACGCUACUGUGGCUGAUGCUGGCUCCUACUACUGCACAGUGAAGAACCAGGAGAGGGUUCGGAACUCCUCCUUGGGCACUCUGAACGUCCUCUAUCCUCCCAGGAACGUUUGGGUGAAGUCUUUCCUGGAGACCCAGAAAGGGAUUCUGGCCAUCAUUGUGUGCUCUGUCGAAAGCAACCCCUGGUCUGUGCUCUCCCUCCUCCGAGGCAGUGAAGUCCUCGCAUCCAGCUCUUUCCAAGCCAGCCGGGCGCCAAACCAUAGGCUGAGCGCUGCCGCCUCUCCAAACUCCUUGAGACUCGAGAUCAAAGAUGUCAGCCUGGACGACGAAGGGAUGUACGAGUGCCUGGCUAGCAAUGGCAUUGGGGAAACCAGCGCCUCCUUAGACUUCACAGUGGCAACUACGAGGGUUGUGAUUAAGCCGGUCCCAGAGGUGCGUGAAGGGGAUCGGGUCUCUCUCGUCUGCGAAGACAGAAGCUCCCCAUCGACAGCUGUCUACACCUGGUACAAGAAUUCCAGGUGGCUGUCAGAGGGCCCGGCCCCCGCCCUCGUCUUCCAGGCGGUGGCAACCAGCGACGUGGGCUCCUACACCUGCCAAGUUCAGAACGAGAGGGGGACCAGGAAGUCUCCACCUGCCGCCCUGCAGGUGCUCCAUGCUCCAAAGAAGCCCUCCCUGACUUCCUUCCUGGAGACUCAGUCCGGGAGCCAGGCCAUCAUCGAGUGCACGGUUGAGAGUCACCCGCCGUCCGACGUCACCCUGUACAGGGAGGGCGUGAUCUUGGCUUCCAGCAGGAGUUCUGGGACUCUCCCUACCCAGCGGCUCAUUGUCCACUCAGCCCACAACGCCCUGAAAGUUGAGAUCAAGGAUCUCCGCCUCGAAGACAACGGGCAGUACCGAUGCUCAGCUAAGAACACCUAUGGGGAGACCACCGCCUCCAUGCGCUUCAAUGUGGAGAAUGCCAGGGUCGCGAUUGAGCCCUCUCCCGAUGUCCAGGAAGGUGCCGUGGCCAACGUGACCUGUGUGGUGGUCAGCCAGGCGGAGGGGGAAAUGAAUUACACAUGGUACAAGAACAGCAAGUGGCUCCGGGGUGGUCCGGAGCGAUCCCUCCUCCUGGCGGGCGUGGCCAGGGACGAUGCUGGCUCGUACCACUGCCAGGCAGAGGGGAGGACGGGAACCGUGACCUCUGCCUUGGUCAUCCUGAACGUGCUUUAUGCACCCAGCACCCCUGCCAUCAGUGCCUACCUGGACAACCAAAACGGGAAGGUGGGCAUCAUCGACUGCAAGGUGGACAGCCAUCCCCGCUCCCUGCUGGCCUUGUACAAAGGAGAUCGGCUCCUGGCUGGCACCAACCGCUCCCAUGCCGCAGCCGGCCUGCGCUUCGCCAUGUUCCCCUCCUACAACAGCCUGAGGGUGGAGAUCCGAGACGUCACGCCAGAGGAUUCGGGGCGUUAUGUCUGCCGGGCCGGAAACCCGUUUGGAAAGACCGCCAGCGCCGUUGACUUCAGCGCGGAGACACUUUCCGACCUCCACUUGUUCAAGAUCCUGGCUGGGGUAUUCGUUGCCUUGACUUGUGCAGCUCUGCUCUUUGGCCUGGCUCUUGGGAUGCAAAAACAUUGGACCCGGAUCAAUGAAGAGUGCAAAAGGUGGAAGCAGCAGGAAAACCAGAAGGCGGAAGCAGCAGCAGGGGCAGAAAACAGAGAAGAGGCUGUCCAGCUGAAUGAGCAGAACCCAGGAACGCCUCCGGCCGGCCGGUUCUGCCUCUCUUACAGGAAGCUGCGAGCAAAGACUGACAUGCCUCCACAGGAAGAACCCUCCGCAGAGAGCUGCACAAGCGCCUUGUGAGCAGGGGGAAGAGAUCUGGUGGAAGCCACAGCAACCAGAUGACCAUGCCAGUCGCGGGGGACGAGGCGGAAAGGGUGGUCAUCUAAAGGCUGUGGCUCUGGACACUGAGUUGGAAUCAUAGAAUUGUAGAGUUGGAAGGGACUCUGGGGGUCAUCUAGUCCAGCCCCCUUCACUGCAGCAAUCACUGCUAAGGAAUCCCUGAAAGACAGGCAUCCAAACUCUGCCUAAAAGCCUCCAGUGAAACCUUUGGAGAGAGUCU